AUGGCCGAAAGAAGAUUAUUUAAAGAAUUCAACCAAUACAAGAAACAACCUCCACAAUUAUCCAACAGUCAGAUAGUAUCGUUGUCUCCUGUUAGACCAGAUAGUAAUAUUUUGGAAUGGCAGGCUGUGAUUGCUAAACCUACUAAAACAGAUUCUCCUUAUUAUUAUGGUGGGGAAUGGAAGUUAGAGAUUGACGUACCUAUGACAUAUCCUAUUGAUCCUCCAACCAUUAAAUUUGCCACCCCGAUAGUACAUCCGAAUAUCAACUUGAAAACCGGUGAGAUUUGUUUGGAUAUAUUAAAGAAAGAUAGUUGGUCCCCUGCAUGGAACCUAGAACAUUUAGUUGUGGCCAUAUUGAUGUUAUUGGACCAUCCAGAACCCGAUUCUCCGUUAAACAUCGAUGCCGCUAAUUUGUAUCGUUAUGAUAAAGUUGCAUUUGAAAGUAUAGUACAAUUUAAUAUCUGGAAGUUUAAUAAUUUCUUUAAUGUGAAUAUAACUCCUACGUCUGUGGAUGCAGCAAAUAAGGUGAAAAGAGAUAUCAGUGGCACUAAAAGUAUACAGAUUGGCGCAUAG